AUGAACAACAUUCCACAGAGCUACAUGGCUCAACAUCCUCUGAUCUUUGCGACCGAACCUGUUCACCCCUUGCAUCAGUCCCAAUCAUGGUUGGAAACUGCACUGCAAAAUCAUGCAGCCAUAUUCUCCAUGGAUAUCAACGGGACGGAAGCUCUAAUCAUACUCCAAAACCACAACUUUCUAGCACAACUAAUAACAGAGGGAAUGAAAAUAGCAACGCAACAUCUUGUCAAUCACAUGUGGAUGACAAAUAUGCUAGACCCCCUUGCUCCCAACCUUGCUCCAGGCUUCGUGCAAGCAAUACAAACACUAUGGAAUCUACCUCACCACCUAUCCCCAUACCCAAACAUGCAAAACCUAGUGCAAACCCCAUUCUUCACCCCUCCAGAAAUGAUCAAUGCGAACCCUCUUCUCUUCCCUUGGCGGCCCAUGCCAGUCCAACAAGGGCGUCUAGUGUUUGUUCCUAUGACGACACAAGGAAUGUUACCUAUGAACUCUACUCCUCCCCCAGCUAUGAAACCAGGAGAAAUUCUAAGGAGGAGAACCUCGUUCACAGAAAUAUCAAGUCUCAGAAACUCAGCCCUUAUGGUGUUUCCAGAGAACGAGGACAAAAAAUAUAUUCACAAUUGUCCACUAGCUCUGAAAAAAUGCUCCUUCGACCUAAGGCCUGCACUGAAUAAGGACCUAGCGAAGCAUGUGGUGAUCAUGGCCCCAACUAUGAGGACAUCCCAAAUCCCAUCUGAGGAAGACGGGGAAAUUCUGAACCCCCAGAUAACCCACAAUCCAAUGACUCAACAAACUAGCUUUAUGGUGUGGAACACUAUGGGAGUAAAUAAUGAUAACUUUAAAAUAAAUUUUAAGGAACUCAUCCGUAAUCAUAACCCUUGCUUUGUGGCUCUUUUAGAAACUAAGAUGGAUGAUCACUUUAACCUAAAACAUGAAUUUAACUUUGAUGACUACCUUGAGGUCCCUGCACAAGGAAGAGCUGGAGGUAUGGUUUUGAUGUGGCUCACUAACAUGGUUAAUGUUACUCUGAAAAGAAUGGAUGAUCAGGAACUCCAUGCCAUGAUCCAGGUAUUUCCCCAUCAUUUUUCUUGGUGUUUUUCAGCGAUCUAUGCAAGUACUGAUAGUUAUAAAAGGAAUGUUUUAUCGAAUAAUUUAGAAAACCUUAGCUCUUGCUUCCCUGGCCCUUGGUUAGUUGUGGGAGAUUUUAACGAAAUUCUUGGAUAA